UUCUUCUUCUUCUUUCUCAUUCCCUCAACAAGAUUAACGAAAUCGAGUACCUUAACUUACAUUUCACCUUCACGAAAAAUGAAGGUGAUGAUAUUCUUGAUUCCUCUUGCCAUUGCAAUGGCAUUCACUAUUGCUAUACUCACCACUCAACGUGUCGAAAAAAUCGAAAAUACGAAGGAAAAACUCUCAAUUCCCUCUCCAUUGAUCAAGAGGAAAGUGAGUCGUUUUCUUGUUGAACAAAAACCAAGGAAUCCAAAAGCAGCUGAUCAUUGCCACAAGGAACAUGAAAUUUGUCAAGCUUUUGAAGUAGAGGGAGGAAACGCAACUUGUUGUAACAAUAAAUGUGUCGAUUUAAAGUACGAUGAUCAUAACUGCGGGGCUUGCAAAAAGAAAUGUCGUUUUACAGAGACUUGUUGCAGAGGUGAAUGCGUGAAUUUGUCUUUCGAUAAGAGGCAUUGUGGAUACUGCAACAAUAGGUGCAUGACUGGUGGAUAUUGCUUUUAUGGCAUGUGUGAUUACGCCUAAGGUUUGGCAGAUUUAUAUACUUAAUAAUUUAUGUUCAUAUUAUUGUUAUUAUAUAAAUAAACAACCACAUUUGAUUUGGUGGUUGACCCUCAAAAACAUUAAACAUAUUUCUAUUUCCUUAUUGAUUCAUCAUCCAAAGUUUGAUGUAAUAAUGUUAAGUAUUCUACGACAAAUUGUAUACUGAUAA